AUGCGUACAGUGAAAGAAGAAGCGAAAGACGUUACAGUGAAAGAAGAGGAAGACGCGUUCAGAGUGAAAGAGGAGGAUGCAGUUUUUGAAGUGAAAGAGGAGGAGGAGACAGAAGGAGAGAGACGUGACUAUCAUGGAUCCUCUGGGGAGCCUCAACAACAUCGUGAAGCUGACAAGGCAGAGAAGAGUCUCUCCAGAUCAGAACACCUCAAGAAACACCAUAAGAGACCCACAGGAAAGAAACCUCACUGCUGCUCUGACUGUGGGAAACGUUUCAAAUCUUCAUCAGAAUUGAAAAAACACCAGCGAGUCCACACAGGAGAGAAACCUUAUAGCUGUAAUCAAUGUGGGAAGAGUUUUACUCAGUCAAGCCACCUGGUAUCACACCAGAGAACACACACAGGAGAGAAACCUUAUAGCUGUGAUCAAUGUGGCAAGAGUUUUACUCAGUCAAGUAGCCUGGUAUCACACCAGAGAACACACACAGGAGAGCAGCCAUAUGGCUGUGAUCAGUGUGGCAAGGGUUUUACUCAGUCAAGUAGCCUGGUAUCACACCAGAGAACACACACAGGAGAGCAGCCAUAUAGCUGUGAUCAGUGUGGCAAGAGUUUUACUCAGUCAAGUAGCCUGGUAUCACACCAGAGAACACAUACAGGAGAGCAGCCAUAUAGCUGUGAUCAGUGUGGGAAGGGUUUUACUCUGUCAACCAACCUGGUAUCACACCAGAGAACACACACAGGACAUCAGCCAUAUAGCUGUGAUGUAUGUGAGGAUAGUUUUACUACAUCAAGCCAGCUGGUAGUACACCAGCGAGUACACACAGGAGAGAAACCUUAUAGCUGUAAUCAGUGUGGGAAGAGUUUUACUCAGUCAAACAGCCUGAAAUCACACCAGAGAACACACACAGGAGAGAAACCUUAUAGCUGUGAUCAAUGUGACAAGAGAUACUCUCAUUCAAGUGGUCUGAUUAAACAUCAGAAAAUACAUGCAGGAGAUCCACGGAGUGUGGAAUGACCUCCAACACCAGACCUGGGUAGUAGAACACAGAGUGUGGAAUGAUCUCCAACACCAGACCUGGGUAGUAGAACACAGAGUGUGGAAUGACCUCCAACACCAGACCUGGGUAGUAGAACACAGAGUGUGGAAUGACCUCCAACACCAGACCUACAGUUGAAGUCGGAAGUUUACAUACACUUAGGUUGGAGUCAUUAAAACUUGUUUUUCAACCACUCCAUGAAUUUCUUUUUAAGAAACUAUAUUUUUGGCAAGUCGGUUAGGACGUACUUUAUGCAUGAUACAGGUAAUUCUUCCAACAGUUGUUUACAGACAGAUUAUUUCACUUAUAAUUCACUGUAUCACAAUUCCACUGUGUCAGAAGUUUACAUACACAAAGUUGACUGUGCCUUUAAACAGCUUGGAAAAUUCCAGAAAAUUAUGUAAUGUCUUUAGAAGCUUCUGAUAGGCUAAUUGACAUAAUUUAA